AUGGCGGCGGAAGCGUUCCUCAAGCUAGAUCAGAAUGCACUCAGGCUGAUCUUUGACAAGGCUGGGGUUUCCAUAGCCACGGUCAAGGAGGUCUGCAAGGAUUGGCUGCUGGUGGGGAGGCGCAUCUGCCGGAAGCUGACGUUGACUGGGAAUGAGGUCAUUCCUAGGGAUGGAACAGCGGGGGUCCUGAGCUGCCUGCAAGAUGUGAAGACCCUGGUCAUAGAGAAAGGCUGCUUCCGCAGAGGAUCCAAGCUGCGCCAGAGCACGUUGAAAAGCAUCGUAGCUGGAGUGUCGUACAGGCAUGUGCAGAUAACGAGCCCCCCACUCAAGACCUGUCCUGGGCUAGUUGCGACCCUUCACAAACACCUCAACAUGGACAGGCUGAAAUGCAUUUGUCUGUCUGCCCCGUGCAUCCCGAAAGUGCUGCUGGCCUUCCUGAUCAGUCAAGGGAGAUGUCUGGAGACCAUCCUCAUGGGGGGCACAGAGGAUGGAGACCUCUCAGCUGCCUUGCAGUCGAUUCUGAUCAACCACAGCGUCAAGAAUUUCGCUCUCAACGGACACACGAUCUCCGACAUGCAUCCCUUAUCGACAGCCCUUCCCAUGCUGUCGUACCUGAGCGUGGAGGUGUUCGGAGAGGUGGACUGGGCUGGUCUGAAAGGACUCAAAGAGCUUCAGCAGCUCUACGUCGCGAUCAAAGGCUCCCACCCGUCCGAAGGAGGCCUGUUCGAGACUCUGGCAGAAAUGAAGGGCGUGACCGUGGUGGAUACCUUGGCUCUAGCGUUUGCCGGGCGUGACAUGCUAGAAGUAGACAUCAUGACAGGUAGUGCGGGUGUAGGAACCGUGGUCACGGAUGGCUUGCUGGCAGCCACGUCGGGAACGAUCAGACACCUGGUCAUCGACAUAGCCAACCUACACAUGGCCGCGGAUGCGGGCAGCCCCCACCCCAUUACCGGGUGCACUGGUUACGACCUAGACAAGGCGAGAGCGUUGGCGGUGGCGUUGCGAUCGAAGAGGGUCUAUAGUAUUUCUCUGCGCGCGGGCAGGGAGUGCGGAUCGUUGGGCGAUUGUGUCUGCCCUUCGGACUUGUUGGAGGUAUUGAUGGACGAUGGAACGGAUGGCUUCGAGGGGACGAAGAGGAAGCGCCCAGACAUCGCUCUACGAAUCCAACAGCGAAGGGGCAAAGAGACCUCUGUGGUACAGACGGGAUGGAACGUCCUCUGUCAGGACCUCGUAAUCAGAGACCGGAUCGAAGAGAUCAUCCCAGAAGUGACUCGCAUCCGAAUCGAGACCUGCCUCCUGCUCAACCUGCACUUUAUCCGCCUUCUCGAGGAAGGGAGACCCAUACCCGUCAUCGACCAGAAUCUGGUCGGUCGGGCGAUGCAGUGCACAUAUGCCAGAAAAGCACAAGCAGACUCGGAACUCCAAGAGACAUUCGACCAUCACUACCUGCCCCUCUGCCCCAAUCGCCCAGUCAACAGCUGCCUUCCUCGCAUCACCAACAUCCUCCUGGACCUCCGCAACCAACUGCUCUGCAACAUCAAGAAUCACGUCUCGGUCCUCUUCCAGUCACGACACAAGGCCUUCAUGAAGCUCCUCCUGCGAGAAGCAGCCCCGGGCGUGCCUUUCUUCGAGGAGGCGGACGAGGAUCUGGAGUCGUGCACCCGGCUGUUGACGACCGCCACGUUGUGGCGCCCGAACGAAACCGUCCGAGAGUUGCUGCCGGAGUAUCCUCGCAUAUAUGGAAGGAUCCCAGAGGCUGCCAUCGAGUGCCUGCAAGAUCUGGUAGACUCAGUCAGGCCGGAGGUCGGGCCGCUGCCUGCGGCGCCCCAGAGCAGACCUCACCUCUACAUGCCCUGGAUGAGGAUCAUCAGCGAGGAGUCAUCGGACCGAGAGCUGCGGUCUUUCUCGCUGGUGCCUCAUGCCUCCUUCUCCGCACCUUUCAUCGCAAUCACUCCUACCACAUGGCCCGAGCUGCAGCCCAAGACCGGCAAGAGAAAAGCUCCCAGAGAGCUCCGUGAUGCUUUUCCCUCCAUCGGAAGGCUGGAGAGCGGUGGGAAGACCUUCACAGACCGGAUCACCACGGACGGAGUGUCCGCUAGCGUGUACUUCUUGGUGGAGAAGAGAACGCCCCCUCCGGAGGACAGAAUGGUCCACAUCCACCCCAAGCAGCGCGUGGUGGGAUUGGACCCAGGAAAGCACCCUGACUUCCUCACGGGCAUCGCUUUGACGGGAGAUUGGGACGGAAUCGAGUGUCAAGAAGAGAUCAUUGGCCUGGGGACCAAAGACUUCUACCACCGAGCGGGAUUCAAGAAACGGACGUUCCUCAUGCACACCUGGAUGUCCAGAGACCUGGAUGUAGCAGCAUUCAACGAGAAUGCUCCUUCGGGGAACACCGUGAACCUGGAGGACUUCGGGAAGAGGGUGACCUCCGUCUGUGCAAACCUGUACGUCCUGGUACGCUUUCACACCGCGAGAAGGGUCCGAAAGCUGAGAAGGCGAGUGACUAUCAAGAAGCAGAUCGAGGUGGACAGAGCCUGCAAGAGGAUCACGGCAGGGAAGAAGACCGUGGUAGCUUUCGGGGCCGCACAGGUGUGGCCUGGCAGGACCAAGAGGCAGUGUGGUCCAUGCGAGUCAGUGAAGAGGCGACUCAGCAGCCACCACAAGGCGACGGUGGUCAUGACAGACGAGUUCAGGACGAGCCAGGUGUGCAGCACGUGCCACUCGGACGUCGGCAAGUUCGCCGUGCUGAAGAGGCAGCAUGUGACGGAGGAUGGGAUUCCGACUGUGACCGAAGGAGGGCGUCGUGAGGACGAAGACGAGGACGGAGGAGGGAGGACGAGCUACAAGACAUGCCACAACGUGCGAGCGUGUACUAACCCGCUCUGUCGCAUGGUGUGGAAUAGAGACGUCAAUGCAGCUCGUAACAUAGCUUGGAUCUGUAUGAGCAUAGCGAGAGGCGAGGACAGGCCGGCAGAGUUCACGAGAGCAGGAGUCUGGGGAUGA